CUCUUUUUUGGGGUUGAGGCUUGAUUUUUUUUUUCUUUUUCCAUUUGAGUGAAAGGGUUUUCAUAAAUUUGCAAUUUUGAGUGGGGGUUAUGUGAAAUCUAGUAGUGGGUCAUUUUCGAAUUUGGAUUUGUCUCUGUAGUCUGUAGUAAUGAGUUUAUGUUACCUACUGUGCCAUGUCUUAUGCCUUUUAACUUUGUUCUGUGAUGUGGCUACUGUAGUUUUAGUUAUCUUCUUUGUGCAUGUUGAGUUUGGGAAAGUUUUGAACUUAUUGAUGAUUGAAUUUCGAAGAAAUUUCAAAGCUGGGCUUUGUUGAAGCGCUUAUACUUGAAUUGAACAUCCCUCUCUCUAUGGGAUUUGUCUGCUGCAUUUGAAUAUCCUUGUAAAGAGAAUGAUUCUCACAAAGCAGUAUCGAUGCGUACAUUCAGCUAGCUGUCAAUGCACCAAGGGUCAUUUAAGUGAAGAUGUGAUAUUCUUGGUGUUUCAGCAUUUGAAUUGGAACCCGAAGCUAAUUGCUGCUCUGUCAUGUGUGUGCAAAUGGUUUGACGAUCUUUCAAAGCAAGUUCUAUGGAAAGAAUUUUGUAAAACGAGAGCUCCGAAGAUGAUGCUUGAUCUGCAAUCUAGUGGAAGCCACAGUGUUGAUGGGAACUGGAGGGCUCUGGGGAAGCUUCUUAUAUUCUGUUCAGGUUGCAGGCAAGGCAGUUUGUUCAAUAACGUUCAGGUUCCUGGCCAUUUUGUUAACAAGACUCGAUUUUCUAGAACAUCAGGAAAGAGCUUUCUCAUGCCACAAUGCAUAAAUGAUGUUUUGUAUGUGUCUGAUCCUUGUGAGCAUAUUGGCCAAAGUGAAGAGGGCGAUUUAGGAUUCUUCCGAGGAAUUUUCAAGUCUUUUGCAUCCUCAAAUGUCAGGAGGAUGCUAAUUAACAGAGGCGCACAGCUUCAUCAAACCGAGAUUUGCCCGUAUUGUAAGGCAAAGCUGUGGAGCAUGCUGCAGGCUAAUAUGAUUCCACAAACUGCUAGUUGCAGGUUGGGUUCCUAUGAAGAUUAUACUGAGUAUUACGUGUGCCUUAAUGGUCACUUGCUUGGGGUCUGCACAUUGUUACCAUUGUCCGAUUCAGAAGAUGUGUCUGAGGAGUAAGAUAUUAAUGACUCAGGUUGGCAUUGAAUUCUCCAAUGAGAUUUGGUUGAACACACUGAUGGUCAACUCAAGGGUAAAAUUCUGCUCAGCAACUGCUGAAAUGUUCCAUUAUGAUUCAAACCUCUAUAUUCCAUUAUGCUUCAUGUUGCUGUCUCAACCCAAGCCAGCAUUUUUCACUGAUUAUGAAUAUUGGCAACAAUUUUUUUUAAUGAAUCAACUAGAAGGUAGUUACUGAUAACCAUGUGGUAUACCGUGUAUAUUGAUGUGUGGAUAUUUGACCAGGGUGACAGAUUUGGUUGUGCAAUGAUUCUUACUUGUUAAGAAUCAUCUUGAUUUAGUAGCAUUUUCCAAUUUCAGAUUUCCUUGAAGAACACUUUAUGCUCCACUCUCCUAAAUCCACCAGUGAGUAAAUAGAUAUUCGAAAAAAUUAGGGAAAAAGUAUGCUUUUAGUCCCUAUAUGUUUUAUCAAAUGUGGUCAAAGUUUUUAUACUUUUAUAUAGAUGAAUUUAGUGUAUGUUUGGCAGCCCAUUAGCCACCAAUACAUUCACGUCAAUACAGAAGUAGCAAAUACCAGCUUCCGUGUUAAUCUUGUCAAAUUGACGUGAAUUUUACAUCAGACGUGGCUAAUUGUUAUGUAUCCCAACACAUUCAUUAUUUAGUCUCUUUUAAGCAUCA